AUGCCCGCUAAGCCUCGAAGUCAUGUUAAAUUCAGUGAAGAAAUUGCCUCCGAUCCUGCACACGUGAAGGUUCAGACAGUUCAAAGCACGGAACAUAGUAGUGACGAUGAAAGUGAUGAAAGUGAGGAUGAUGCACCUGAAGAAGAGGGUGUGUCAAACGGAAAGCUUAUGGUAGAGAAGGAAAUACUUAAACGUGAAGAGCUCUUAAAGGCAGAGCAAAAACAGCUCAAGGAGCAGAGAAGAAAAAACGAUGCCUUUUAUAAAAGUCAGCAACAGUCGAAGAAGGGGAGGACCAGUGAGAUACGGAAUAACGACACACUUGAUGAGCUUCCUGAGGAAAUUUUCAAUAAACUGGAAGAUGAUAACAAGCUUUGUCGUCAAGAAGCUUCGUCAAAACAUAUCAAUUUCAAUGAAGAAGACUACAUACCCGAAAUCAAAAAGCAACUAAGUGAUAAAAAAAAAUUGACGUUGAAAAAAUUGAGAGCUACUUCUGCUAAGAAGGGACCUGUGUCUGUUAAAGUUUUGUCGUCCACACAACUAUUGUCGUCGAUGGCACCAAAGAGGGAAGCUUCGAUUAUGGGGACAAAGGAGAAAUGGCUAAGAAGAAAGGCACUGAAAAGGAGGUAA